AUGGUAGUGGAUACAAGUGAUGCAAAGGAAGUGGAGUUACCAGAACCAUUUAAUAAGCCGUGGUUUCGAAAGGCUUACCGGGCAGCAGUUGAGUUUCACGAAAAGGAUGAAGUAUUGAAUAAGGAAGACAGAUUGGUUCUGUCAAACGCAUACCGAAAUAUUGCACGAUCGCAGGCGUAUGGUGGAUGGUUAGGGUUUUCUGCAGUGUUUUGUAGCCCAUUUGCAUGGCAGUUCUAUAAGACUAAAUCAAUCAAGGGUGUCAAUGUUGGAAGAAGCUUUUUACUGGGAAUGUUUGCUCUCUUUGGAGCUACCCAUCUUUCUGGCAUGCGGGCCUAUAAAAAUCAAUUGAAGAAACUGGACCCCAAUGGAUCUUUAAGUCAUAAGAACACAUACGGGGAUGAUGACUUUUUUACUGAUCAGGCUAAGCCGCGUGCACAGAGACAGUAUGAAAUGAUGGCUCUACUGAAAAAUGGAGCUAGUACAAAAUGGGCAUCGUAUUUUUAUUUGACUUCCGAGCAUCCUGAAAGAAAAUUUCCAGAUCCUAGACUGAAAAUUCAGCAAUUAAAAGAAUUAAGAGGUGACAAUUUCCAAGUGUCCCCAUUUAUGCAUCAAAGAGAUCCAUUGGGUCUCUAUAAAGACCGUGUUUCAGGAAAAGGAAAGGAAGAGGAUAAGGAUCAAGUGCAAAACUAUUCAGGCAGCAAUCCUGGACCUUCGGAUUCUUGGAACAAAGUUAGACAAGAUAAUGGGACUGAAUCAUCGUGGGAUAAAGUUAGAAACCCUCCUGCUUGGUCUGGGGAACAACAAUCAGGAAAUGAGGGAAUUGAAGGCUUCGGUGAUUUGCCCACCCUUGCUGGUGACGAUCACGAUGGACUUCCCAUUGAAAGGCCAACACAAUCUGAAUUUGAGGAACUUCUUGGAAAUGAAAGAAGAUCUUAA